UGCCACUUUUGACCAGGAAAGGAGCACCGGACCAGCUCGGGUCUCGUUGUAGUGGGAGCACCACCUCCGCACAGGCACCUCGCACCAGUGGAGUCUGGUCUUUGCAGCCCGUUUCAAUCUCUUCUCCCCCCCCCACCACCUGAAAGCGAGACCGCACGUCUCAAGGUGGUUUUUGCCCUCACGGCGGCGUCUAUUUGCUGAAGUUUUUUUUUCCUUUCGAUAAGCUGAGGGGGACGUGAAGUCCUGACAGAGGCGGCACCAUGACGACUGUCGAAACGCAUAUGACAUACAGCAAUUCGUACACGAUCAACCAGGAAGAGGUGUACAUGACCCAGGAGGACGACUGGGACAGGGACCUGCUGCUGGACCCUGCGUGGGAGAAGCAGCAGAGGAAGACCUUCACAGCGUGGUGUAACUCCCACUUGAGGAAGGCCGGCACACAGAUUGACAACAUCGAAGAGGAUUUCAGAAAUGGCCUCAAACUCAUGCUGCUGCUGGAGGUCAUAUCAGGCGAGAGGCUGCCCAAACCCGACAAGGGCAAGAUGCGCUUCCACAAGAUCGCCAACGUGAACAAAGCUCUGGACUUCAUCUGCAGCAAAGGGGUCAAGCUGGUGUCCAUCGGCGCCGAGGAAAUUGUCGACGGCAACGCGAAGAUGACCCUCGGAAUGAUCUGGACCAUCAUCCUGCGCUUUGCCAUCCAGGACAUCUCUGUGGAAGAGACCUCUGCUAAGGAGGGUCUGCUGCUGUGGUGCCAGAGGAAGACCGCCCCCUACAGGAACGUCAACGUGCAGAACUUCCACAUCAGUUGGAAGGACGGCCUGGCUCUGUGCGCCCUGAUCCACAGACACAGACCGGACCUCAUCGACUACGCCAAGCUGAGAAAGGAUGACCCCAUCGGGAACCUGAACACUGCUUUCGAGGUGGCUGAGAAGUUCCUGGACAUCCCCAAGAUGCUCGACGCCGAAGAUAUCGUGAACACACCCAAACCCGACGAGAAGGCCAUCAUGACCUACGUGUCCUGCUUCUACCACGCCUUUGCUGGCGCUGAGCAGGCUGAGACCGCUGCCAACCGUAUCUGCAAGGUGCUGGCCGUGAACCAGGAGAACGAGAAGCUCAUGGAGGAGUACGAGAAGCUGGCCAGCGAGCUGCUGGAGUGGAUCCGCCGCACCACCCCGUGGCUGGAGAACCGCACGGCGGAGCAGACCAUGCGCGCCAUGCAGCAGAAGCUGGAGGACUUCCGGGACUACCGGCGCAUCCACAAGCCGCCGCGCGUGCAGGAGAAGUGCCAGCUGGAGAUCAACUUCAACACCCUGCAGACCAAGCUGAGGCUGAGCAACCGGCCCGCCUUCAUGCCCUCUGAGGGCAAGAUGGUGUCGGACAUUGCCAACGCCUGGAAGGGUCUGGAGCAGGUGGAGAAGGGCUACGAGGAGUGGCUGCUCACCGAGAUCCGCCGCUUGGAGAGGCUGGAUCACCUGGCCGAGAAGUUCAAGCAGAAGUGCUCCAUGCACGAGUCCUGGACCGGAGGGAAGGAGGACCUGCUGUCCCAGAAGGACUUUGAGUCGGCCUCCCUGAUGGAGAUCAGAGCCCUGAUGAGGAAGCACGAGGCCUUCGAGAGCGACCUCGCCGCUCACCAGGACCGAGUGGAGCAGAUCGCCGCCAUCGCCCAGGAGCUCAACGAGCUCGACUACCACGAUGCCGCCACGGUCAACGCCCGCUGCCAGGGCAUCUGCGACCAGUGGGACAACCUGGGGACCCUGACCCAGAAGAGGAGGGACGCACUGGAGCGUGUGGAGAAGCUGUGGGAGACCAUCGACCAGCUUUACCUGGAGUUCGCCAAGAGGGCGGCGCCCUUCAACAACUGGAUGGACGGAGCCAUGGAGGACCUGCAGGACAUGUUCAUCGUCCACAGCAUCGAGGAGAUCCAGAGCCUGAUCACCGCUCACGACCAGUUCAAGGCCACGCUGCCCGAGGCCGACAAGGAGCGCAUGGCCACCAUGGGCAUCCACAGCGAGAUCCUGAAGAUCGCCCAGACCUACGGCAUCAAGCUGUCCGGCAUCAACCCCUACACCAACCUCUCCCCGCAGGACAUCAGCACCAAGUGGGACACCGUGAAGCACCUGGUUCCCCUCCGGGACCAAAUGCUGCAGGAGGAGGUCGCCAGGCAGCAGGCCAACGAGAGGCUGAGGCGCCAGUUCGCCGCCCAGGCAAACAUCAUCGGACCCUGGAUUCAAACCAAGAUGGAGGAGAUCAGCCACGUGUCCGUGGACAUCGCCGGCUCCCUGGAGGAACAGAUGAACAGCCUGAAGCAGUACGAGCAGAACAUCAUCAACUACAAGUCCAACAUCGACAAGCUGGAGGGAGACCACCAGCUGAGCCAGGAGUCCCUCAUCUUCGACAACAAGCACACCAACUACACCAUGGAGCACGUGCGCGUCGGCUGGGAGCAGCUCCUCACCACCAUCGCCAGGACCAUCAACGAGGUGGAGAACCAGAUCCUGACCCGCGACGCCAAGGGCAUCAGCCAGGAGCAGCUCAACGAGUUCAGGGCCUCCUUCAACCACUUCGACCGGAAGAGAAACGGCAUGAUGGAUCCGGACGACUUCCGCGCCUGCCUCAUCUCCAUGGGUUACGACCUGGGCGAGGUGGAGUUUGCUCGCAUCAUGACCCUGGUGGACGCCAACAACACGGGCGUGGUGACCUUCCAGGCCUUCAUCGACUUCAUGACCCGCGAGACGGCCGAGACCGACACGGCCGAGCAGGUCAUGGCCUCCUUCAAGAUCCUGGCCUCGGACAAGGUGAGCGCCAACGGAGGGCCCCCGCCUUUCACGCCGCGCCGCCGCUCAGACAUUGACCCCCCCCCCCCCCCCUUUCUGUCUCCUCCCCCCCUCCAGAACUACAUCACGGUGGACGAGCUGCGCAGGGAGCUGCCGCCCGAUCAGGCCGAGUACUGCAUCAGCCGCAUGACCAGGUACAUCGGGGCCGACGGCUCCACCGGCGCCCUGGACUACAUCUCCUUCUCCAGCGCCCUCUACGGGGAGAGCGACUUGUAGACCCCCCCCCCCCCCGGCGCCCCGCCCCCUUCUGACGAGGGAGGAGCAAGCGACGAAACCCCUUCCGCUGUCCUUCUGUGCUAGCAGUUUGUUUCCCCUCAAAUCUUUCCUUUAUUUUCCCCCAACCCCCACCCCCUCCUGCUCUCCCCCCUCCCCCUCCCUCUAUCCCCCCCACUCUCUCUCUCCCUCAGAUGACUUAUAUUUUUAGAAGGGUAAUUACAGAUGAAAAAGUGAUUUAAACACAAAAAGAAAGAAGCCUGUGGGUUGUGUAAUUGUGCAGAUGCAUGCUAUGUUGAAGUUUAGAAACAGCGCCUUUGAGUCCUCGACUCGUCCUUAAGUUGCACACACACACCCACGCACACACACACACAUACACACACACACCACGUCUCUGGGAGCAGGUCGGGCGCUGUGAUGUCACGGAGCUCGUACUUAAAAAUAAACACGACAGCACUGUGAAACCCGAAGAUCUUAAAGCCCAAAGCUCAGGAACCAGCGCAGGAUGAGCGGGAGCACGUGGACGUUAAAAUGCACAGAGGGAGCAAAGCACUGUGGGUAAAAUAAGGCAAAUGAAGAGAGAGAGGGGGGGGCCUUAAGUACGUGUGCGUGAGGCAAGUUAGGGACAAAAUAAUAAAGAAUCAACACUGUAGGGACCGCAGGAGGCCCAUGUCAGCGACGAGGGGGGGGGGGGGGGUUUGUUCCCACAGUGAGUCGACUCCUCCGCGUGUGUGUGUGUGGCGGCGACAUUUUAAUUUCAUGUGCUCCAUUUUCACUCAUUCUGUCCGUCAUCACAGACGCAAAUACAAGAAAAUCACUUUCACACAGUUCCUAUUAAAAAAAAUAAAAAAAAACUCAACUUGGAAUAAAAAAGAAAAAGUACAUUACUAAA